ACCGACACCAAAUUCCUACCAUGCAUACCUUACCUAGUUACCACCUUUCGAUUGUGCGCAAAUUGUAAUUAUACUUGGCAGAAUUCCUACAGAGCAAAUUUUAAAUGCUUGCUUGCAGAUUUGCUAGUUUCCUUCAGAGCCCACAAGGAUUUUUGACACAAUUUUUAUAAAUGGCCGCCCGCGCAAUAGCAAUCAUAGCUUUGACGGCCCUGCUCUGCUCCGCUAGCCUUCCGAAAGGAAAUGCAGUCAUCAACAGCGUCAUCAGCCAGUGGCUUACAAUUGCCCAAAAUACUGUGUUGUCGCUGGGAAUCGAACACCAGCAGGCAGCUCGCGUCUACGGUAUCGUGGCCUCGGCACAAUAUGACGUCAUCCUCUUGGCCCGCGCCUACACGUCUGCCGUGAUUCCCGACGAAGUCGCCGCGGCAUAUGCCAGCCACGCAGCGCUCAGCCACCUUUUCUUUUGGCGCCAGAACUCCAUCUACGACCCGGCCCUUGCGGAAAACUUGGCGAGGUACAAUGUGAGCGACUCGCUCCUUCCGGUUCUGCAGAGCCUGGCCGUUCCCACCGUACAGAGGAUCCUGGUCGACAGGAUCAGAGACGGCAUCAGCUACUUUGCAAACUUCAAGCCCUUCAGCAACAGCAGCGAGAACAUCGGGCGCUACCAGUUCACUCCCGGACAGACCUCUGCACGCUAUCCCCAAGUCGCUCGUGCCAAGCCCUUCUACUUGAGCUCGUACGAUGUGGACGUGAUCACCAAGAACCUGACUCGCUUCUCACUGAACGAUACCGAAUACGGGCGGGAGCUUUGGCAGGUGUAUCUGUACGGCUCAGUUAACUCCACCGUCCGUACGGCGUACGACACCGGCUCUGUGCGCUUCUGGGCUCUUGGAACUGGUGCGGAGGAGCCUAGAGGGCUAGGGUAG